AUGACUGAACAUAGGCCAUGGGCUCGAUUGGAGGUGGUCAAGGGAGAGGCAGAGGCCGUGGCAGUGGCUGGCGACGGCGUCGAGGUGGCAGGCGGGGCGCUGCGGAUCUUUCGUGAUGAUGAGGGCGUGGUCUUUGUCAAGGCGGCGAGCAAAGGGGUCAAGGUCCGUGGAAAGGAGGUUGGGGAGGAGAUGACGGCUCUGGUGGACGACGGCGAUCGGAUCAAGGUGACGGGCACGGCGUGGGAGGAUGGCCCGGUCGAGUAUGUGGUGGAGCUGGUCGAGAGCGACGACGGCGAUGACGACAGCGAGCACGGGUUUGUGACUGCUGACUACGACAUGGGCAAGGUGCUGGGAACGGGCAACUUCGCCACUGUUCGGCUGGGCGUUUGUCGCAAGACUGGGCGCAAGGUGGCGAUCAAGGUGUGUGACAAGGCCAAGUUUGCGAGGGUCCAGCACCGGGUCGGCGCGCUCCUCGACGAAGUCUCGAUCCUGAGGGCACUUCAGCACCCGCAUAUUCUGCAGCUGUACGACUCGUAUGAGACCGAGGACCACCUGUAUCUGGUGCUCGAGCUGGUGAGCGGCGGCGAUCUGUUUGACCGCAUUGUCGACGCCGGCAAGCUGUCCGAGGCCACCGCGCGGCGGGUGCUGCGGCAAGUGCUGGAGGCAGUGGCGUACAUGCACGAUGAGGGUGUGGUCCAUCGCGACAUCAAGCCGGAGAACAUCUUGUUGGCGUCGCGCAAGGGUGUGGAGACUAAGGUCUCAGACUUUGGCAUCUCGCGGAUGCUCUCGGUGGAGAACGGGACGACGAUGGGCACCAUGUGCGGGACGCCGCAGUACAUUGCACCAGAGAUUGUGGCGCGAACGGCGUACGACGCCAAGGUCGACAUGUGGUCGCUCGGCGUCCUGCUGUAUGUCAUGCUCUCCGGCGACUACCCGUUUGUCGACAACGCGCCGCUGACGAUCCCGGAGCAGAUCCAGCGUGGCCUGUACUCCGAGGGCGCCAAGGACCUCUGCCGGCGGCUCAUGCAGCACGAUCCAGCCAUUCGCUGGUCGGCGCCGCAAGCGCUGACACAUCCGUGGAUCCGCGGUGCUGAGCUGGUCGAGACUCCGUUCCCCGACGCCGAUCCCCCGGCUUCGGCCUCGGACGACGAGUCGGGCGACAAGCGCCGAGGUGCGCCGCGGCACAAGGCUGUAGUGAGCGUGAUGAUCUCGCGCGCCAUUGCUGCGCUGGAUGACCGCAAAGGUUCGACUGCAACGGCGAUCGCCAAGUACAUUGCGGCCAACUACGAUGCGCCGCCCACGCGGGCGGAGCUCAAGCGGGCGUUGGCGGCUGCGACCAAGGCAGGGCGAAUCACGCACUCGGGCUCGCGCUACAAGCUCGGCGGGUAG